UCUAACAUCCAACCCAUCCUACUGCAAUCACUAACUGGGAGGAGUCGGAAGUCAAAGACGUCUCACCGCUUGGCCUAGAGCCCACUGGUCACACUUCCCACCCGGUCUACGCCUCAGCAGGUUAGCUCGCAGACCGCCGGCACCGCAGCGGCUUCCCGAGCGCGCCGCCUCCUGAUUGGCUGCCAGAGCUCUCGUCUUGUCUCGCGCUUUCUGGAUGGGCCAAUGGAGUUACCUUUAGUCUAAAGGCCGGGAUCGCUGGAGUGGUGGCGCAGCUGUUUCCUUGGGAUAUUCAUCAAAUUUUAAGAAGAAAGAACAUCAGGAGCUAAGGAUUCUAUUUAAACCUAUAGUUGCUGCUCAGAAAAUAAGGAUGCAGUCUCCAAAUUGGUGGUUCACACAUUCUUCCCACAAGAGCAGUGUACUAAAGGAGAGAAGUAAGCUGUGUUGAUCAGUGGUGAAAAUUGAGAAAGUUGAAACAGAUUUGCAGAUGAUACAUGACUUCUAAGCGUUCCAUAUUGGAAGAAGAGAAUUUUAUAUAUGAAAGAAGAUGCCUUUGUUUAGUAAAUCACACAAAAAUCCAGCAGAAAUCGUGAAAAUUCUGAAAGACAACAUGGCCAUUUUGGAAAAGCAAGACAAAAAGACUGACAAGGCUUCAGAAGAAGUGUCAAAAUCACUGCAAGCAAUGAAAGAAAUUUUGUGUGGCACAAAUGACAAAGAACCCCCAACAGAAGCAGUGGCUCAGCUGGCACAAGAACUCUACAACAGUGGGCUUCUGGUGACACUGAUAGCUGACCUGCAGCUGAUAGACUUUGAGGGAAAAAAAGAUGUGACCCAGAUAUUUAACAACAUCCUGAGAAGACAGAUAGGCACUCGGAGUCCUACCGUGGAGUACAUUAGUGCUCAUCCUCAUAUCCUGUUUAUGCUCCUCAAAGGGUAUGAAGCCCCACAGAUUGCCUUACGUUGUGGGAUCAUGCUGAGAGAAUGUAUUCGACAUGAACCACUUGCCAAGAUCAUCCUCUUUUCUAACCAAUUCAGAGAUUUCUUCAAAUAUGUGGAAUUAUCAACAUUCGACAUUGCUUCAGAUGCCUUUGCUACUUUUAAGGAUUUACUAACCAGACAUAAAGUGUUGGUAGCAGACUUCUUAGAGCAGAAUUAUGACACUAUUUUUGAAGACUACGAGAAAUUGCUUCAGUCUGAGAAUUACGUGACUAAGAGACAAUCUUUAAAGCUGCUAGGUGAACUGAUCCUGGACCGCCACAACUUUGCCAUUAUGACCAAGUACAUCAGCAAGCCAGAGAACCUAAAGCUGAUGAUGAACCUCCUUCGAGAUAAAAGUCCCAACAUUCAGUUUGAAGCCUUUCAUGUCUUUAAGGUGUUCGUGGCCAGUCCUCACAAAACCCAGCCCAUUGUGGAGAUUCUGCUAAAAAAUCAGCCCAAACUCAUUGAGUUCCUGAGCAGCUUCCAGAAGGAAAGGACCGACGACGAGCAGUUCACCGACGAGAAGAACUACCUGAUCAAACAGAUCCGGGACCUGAAGAGAGCAGCCCCCUGAAGACGCCCCCGGCCACAGCCUCGGUCCCCUCUGCCCGGUCUGCACGCCGCCAGCUCAGCAAGUCGUCAUCUCGGGGAGGCUGUGGAGGUGCCCCUUUUUUCUCGGUUAAUUGUUCAGGGUGGAUGGAAUCGUAAACAAUUUGAAUGGAAAAAAAAUCAACCUCGAAUAAUAGAUCCAUUUCAAUGAAGUCUGAUUGUUUCUGUGAAAUCAGAGCCGUUGCGUUAGAAGGUGAUGGGGCAUCACAUAGGGGAGCUCAAAUGGCGGGCUCCUCCGGUCCGGCGGGGGCCUAGGGCUGUGGCGGGGAGCUGGGAAACCCUUCUGCCUAUCUGUGCCCGGACAGAUGUCUUAAGGCGCAGGAAGAUCCCCGAGGGCAAGGCUACUGGUGUGGGUCCUGUGUCUGCUUUUGUCCCUGCCCCAUAUCAUCAUCUUCUCCCACCCGCUCCGGGCCAGGGCUGGGGAUUGAACCCAGGACCUUGUAGGCUAAGCAAGUGCUCUACCACCGGGCUGCACCCAGGCCCUGCCCAGGAUCCUGACUGUAAUUAAUGGCUUCCCACCUCUCAGCUCACUUUCUACUCACUGUCCCAUGGUCCUCCCAUGCCCAACCCAGGGCGCCUUCUCCACCUGCAGUGGGUCAGCCCGGGAGCAACCGAGUAGGAGCAGCGUGGUCAACAAGGUCUGGUGAUAUAAAGGACCGGCAGGGUGGACCUGCUCACGGAAGAACUGCAAACAGGCGGUUCCAAAUAAAGUCACUGCUGUUCCACGUUGGCUUCUGGAGGGUUGCUGAUGUUGGAAUAUUUCAUUCAUAAUUGUCACUAUGGGAAGAAUGCCUUGUGGUGACUGUUUUUUGAGUAGAAAUCAUUGUGUUGGGAUUGUAGUGGGUACACAUCAUGGGUCCAGAGGGUUGCUGUAGGGGACUUCCACCAGGGAUAUCACCCUUGGAAAGGGAAAUGAUUCCUACAUGAAAACAAAAAUCCAAAUGACUUAAGAUUCUUUUUUUCCCAGCUGUGUCAUUCUGUAACUAUCCAAGGAGUCUUCCGUGAAAAAGGAGGAAAUCUAAAACUCUUGGUCCCAAAUGCUCACGGACAUUUCAGGAUAACUAAGAAGUUAAUCUGUGUUCCUUUGAAAGGUCUAGAAACAAAAACAUAAAUAUUUUUUUUUAAAUUAUGGCUUGUUUUCAGAAUCAAAUGUACAAAAUGAAAUUUUCAAGCUACUUAUAAGACAUUAAAGGUACGAUGGCUACUCUGCAUUUUCUGUAAUUCUGUUUCUAAAUCAUGAGUUGUUCCCUUCCAUGGGAACUCUCAAAUUUUACAAGACUUGGGUGCUGUGUUCUUUCCUUCAGCCAGAGAGUUCUCCACCUGGAGAGGGGAAAGAAACGCGUUCUCCAGGAUCAGUGUCCUUGGUAGAUUUUGUGCCUGAAGAAUGACCAGGCAGGGCCCCUCCCUUCUUGGCUGGGGUGCAGACCCCUGAGGCCGAUGGUAUGGGUGGGACCUGCCACACCUUCUCUUAGCAGCUGUAGCAUGUGCCAGCAAGAGGGUCCGUGGCCGCUCCUGGCGGCCUGUUUUCUAAUCACUGAAGUCACAUUAUUUUAAUAACACUCCCUGGCAGCCCAGAGUCCUUUUGAAUCUGACUUUUUCUGGGUUUGCUUAUUUGAUUAAAAGGGAUGAGUAUAAAUAUUCUUAAAUGAAAGUGAAAUGACCAUUGGAAAUGUAUUUGGUUGCUUAAUGCUGUUAUGUAACAUCAUGGGACACAUGUUUUCAAUUGAAAAGUAAAACUUGUCUUUUUUUUUUAUAAAGAAAACAUUUUUUCCCCCCUUGAGCUUGAAUUAGCUCUCUCCCAGAAUCCCCUUCUCCUCACUCCAUUCCAUACCUGUGAAAAAGAAAACCAGCCUCCAGUGCGGUAAAUGAAGUAGCUGGGGUUUUGUUGUGAUGUGUUUGUAAAUUAUUAACUCAAAAGGGGGAACCGGAAGCUCACAGUCAACUAUGUUUGCACAAAGAUCACUGUAAAUAUUGUGAGAAUUGAAUUUUGAAAAGGUCAUAUUUAAUAAGCUAUUUCUAAAGCACAUGUUUAAAUAAAGACUGACUAAAUAAGAAGCCACCACACAUACUGGUCGGUCUCGUUCCUCUACGUGUGGGCCAUGCCGCUGUGUUCUUGUCACUGC